AUUGCUUUGACUGGCGUGUGUAUUGUUGCCACUGUUACCUGAAGCUAUCGAUCAACUACGUCAAUGAACACUAAUUGGUUCUCGUUGGUCAGACGCUAACGGAUAUGGCGAUGUGAUUAAAAGGGCAACAUUUUACUUGCAAAAUAUAGCUUUCUUGAUGUUCGACAACAUACUUUUUAAGAACAGGAAUAUUCCAAUGGUGUGAAUGGGUCGUUCAUUAGUGGAUUGUACGGUCGAACAUGGCAUACUGCGUUUCCGCAAGCUGCACGAGAGGUGUUUUGUAUGGAUUCGUUCUUGUAGCAUUAUGUAGCCAGCGAAUCCACUCCCUCAAUUUGACGUGUUACACGUGCACGGCUACGGUGCCAAGUGACCCUUGUGUCCAUUCACCCAACCAAUCAGAGGUGGUCAUGUGUGCUGAUGAUAAACCAUUCUGUCGUGUGUUACGUGUGGAUUCCCAGUACGGGGACCUCAUGAGCUUUGCCCGGGGGUGCUCCUCCGUGUGUAAGAACCACUGUGGUAUCUGGGGAGACGAUGUGGAUGAGGAGAGAUGUCACUCCUGCUGUCGUACCCAACUGUGUAAUGUAGGUAAUGGAUAUGUGAGGCCUUACACACUGUCCGGCGAUCUUCUGACAAUAACACUGGCCAUGGUCUACAUUGUACAACUGAACUGACGGACCGAAUGGAUGGUGGUUAACUGGUAAUAAUACUGCGCAUAAUUUACAUUCAACAUCGGAGCUGAGAGACAGCACAAAUUUACCUUUUAAUUGAUAUUUAUCUUCGAUGAUAGUGAUAACUUGGAAAAAGCACUCACCAUGAUCUUCAUUUUAUAUUGGAAAUGAGGGGUCAAACAGACUAAGAGUUUAACAAUGUAUGUCGUUAUGUGACCAUCGUGUAAAUACGUUUUACUUUUGAAACAUCAUUCCUUUUUUAAACAAUUUUAAGCAUGUCAGUGACUUGAAUGCAAUUUCAUAUGAUUAAAGGUACUGUAUGUUUUCACUGUGAAUAUGCACACAGCUGCUACACAAGAACUAUAACCAAACAGUGAAUGACAAUAUCAGAGCCACAGGCUGUAAUCGCUAAAUCUUCCAUCGAUUAUGUCAACACUCAACUAGUAAGCUACCUGCAAUGAAAAAUGAAGAGCUAUGUCGAUAACGCCAAAUAACGAUUCGUAUUUCAAAACAAUAUGGCGAGUAAUACCUUGUGAAAAAUAGCAAAUGAUAACUGAGGUUGAGAAGCAAAAAGACUAAAGUGUCCCCCGUCUUUCUUUCACUUUUCAAAAGAAAACCUUUAUCUUAAAAGAACUGAGCGUAUAAUAUUUCACUUAUAUAUAUAACACUUCAAAACAUCGAUUAGAUUUGUGUUUCACUGAAUAAAACCUCAUUUGAGGUUUAGGAAAAUGACGCCAAACUCUAUGAAUUACGUGUUUAGACCUUUCGAAUCAGUUGCAUUAAUCACAAAUGAAAUGUCAACGAAUGGACUAUUUUGAAAACUUUGUUAUUCUUCCCUGUGUCAUCACCUGAUACCUUAUUUUGAGAUGAACGCCAUGACGUCUGAGAUUCAAAUUUACUCAUUAGUUAUUUUGCUAUCUAUGUCAUACCUGAAAUAUAUUGGGCAGGUGAUUUCGUAUAAGGUGGCAAGUAUCUACAAUUAAUACAUCUCAUUUUCUCACUUGGACAGACACAUCAGCAUGACAGCCAUUUUGUCAUUUUUGUUUUGGAAGGUAUUUAUCUGUGAUACAUUUGAGUCAUAAGAAUCGUUUAUUUAACAAUUUAGUCACAUAGUUAAUUUACCAAUGAAGCAAAUACAUUUUUAACACUUUUGUAACAUAUUUUCUUUGGCGUUGUCUUUUUCAAAGCUUCGGUGCCAUAUCAAUUAUCCAUAUCGUUACGUCAAUAUACAAUGUAACAAACAAUUACAAUGGCAUAGCUACUAGAUAUAAUUUUUAAUUUUUAAUCACAUACGCAAGACUGUAUUUGAUAUGCAAAUCACUUAGUAAAAUCUCGAUGGUAAAAUUUGAACUUAACCAACAGGGUGUCCACUUGAAACAUCACAAGACAAUUUCAAAAUAAAGUACGAU